AUGGUGCUGCGCCGCUGCGUGGGGGUUCGCCGCUUCAGCUCUGUCGCCACGGACCUGCCGCUGGCCCCGCUUGGUACGAUCCCGCGCGGAGAUGUCGACCGCAUCCCGGAGGACGUGGUGCGCGCGCUGGACAAGUUCAUCGUGGGCCAGCAGGAGGCCAAGAAGGCGGUGGCCGUGGCGCUGCGCACUCGCUGGCGCCGCCGACAGCUGCGGAACGACGCGUUGCGCGCCGAGAUCUCGCCCAUGAACAUCCUCAUGAGCGGCCCCACAGGCUCGGGCAAGACGGAGAUCGCUCGGCGGCUGGCCAAGAUCUCCGGCUCGCCGUUCCUCAAGGUGGAGGCCACCAAGUUCACCGAGGUGGGCAUCUACGGCGCCAACGCCGACUCCAUGAUCAAGGACCUCGUGGACGUGGCCGUCAACAUGGAGAGAGCGGAGGCGCAGAAGCUGCACGCAGCGGCAGCCCGUGAGCGAGCCAUCGACCGACUCGUGGACCUGCUGGACCGCAAGAAGCUCAGCGACGUCUCGCGCGCCGAGCUCCGCGAGGAAAUCGCGUCCGGCAAGGCGGACAACCGCAAAGUGCGCGUGCAGCUGAAGCCGUUCUCGAGCAAGACGCGCCCUACAUCCGCCAACCCGGAGAUGAUGAUGGAGAUGCCGCCGGAGCUGGAGAACAUGAUGAAGCACUUGGACACUCUCAUGGCCUCGCGCUUUUCCGGCGGUGCUGGUAAAAGUGACGACAAGACGCAGAGUAUGACGGUGAAGGAAGCUCUUCCCCGUCUGGAAGCAGAGGAGGCUGACGAGAUCAUUGACGACGACGAGGUGGUCAAGAGGGCGUUGGAGAACGUGCAGCACAACGGCAUCGUGUUCCUGGACGAGAUUGACAAGCUCGCCAGUGCUGGGGAUCAGGCACGCAGUGGAGGCAGUGGCGCCAGCUACCGCAAGGGCGAAGGUGUGCAGAAGGAGCUGUUGGCCCUGACUGAAGGAUGCGCUGUUAACACUCGCUAUGGACUGGUUUACACGGACCACAUCCUGUUCAUUGCUAGCGGGGCGUUCCACCGCUCCAAGCCGUCGGACCUCAUGCCUGAACUACAGGGUCGUUUGCCUAUUCGCGUGGCCCUUUCUCCUCUUGGUGCCGCCGAGUUUGAGAAGAUCCUGAAGGACACGGACCACAACCUGCUGGAGCAGACAAGUGCGCUGAUGGAGACGGAGGGCGUGAAGCUCACAUUCACGGACGACGCUAUCAGCGAGAUUGCGACUAUCGCAGAGCAGGUGAACGCCCAGACGGACAACAUCGGCGCCCGUCGCCUGGCGACGAUCAUCAGCAAGAUCACGGAAGAGGUGUCCUUCCACGCACCAAAGAUGAACGGCGUGAACUUCGAGGUGGACAAGAAAUACGUGCAACAGCGGCUCUCGAACGUGCUGGAGCGCACAGACCUGUCCAAGUUCAUCCUGUAG